AUGCAGCAACACCUGAAUUACACGUACCCCCAAAUCUACUGGGUGGACAGCAGUGCCAGCUCUCCCUGGGCCUCUCCAGGGUCAGUACUCCCCUGCCCGUCCACUGUGCCAGGGAGGCCUGGGCAAAGGAGGCCGCCACCACCGCCACCACCAACACUACCACCACCGCCGCUGCCACCACCACGGCCACCUCUGCCUCCACUACCGCUGCCACCUCUGAAGAAGAGGAGUGACCACAACACAGGCCUGUGCCUCCUCAUGAUGUUUUUCAUGGUUCUGGUGGCCCUAGUUGGAGUGGGGCUGGGGAUGUUUCAGCUCUUCCACCUACAGAAGGAGCUGGCUGAACUCAGAGAGUCCAUCAGCCAAAGCCAUGUAGAAUCAUCUUUGGAGAAGCAAAUAGGUCACCCGAAUCCACCCUCUGAAAAAAAGGAGCCAAGGAAAGUGGCCCAUUUAACAGGCAAACCCAACUCAAGAUCCAACCCUCUGGAAUGGGAAGACAUCUAUGGAAUUGCCUUGGUUUCCGGGGUGAAGUAUAAGAAGGGCAGCCUUGUGAUCAAUGACACCGGGCUGUACUUUGUGUAUUCCAAAGUACACUUCCGGGGUCAGUCCUGCAACAACCAGCCCCUGAACCACAAGGUCUAUAUGAGGAACUCUAAGUAUCACCAGGACCUGGUGCUGAUGGAGGGGAAGAUGAUGAAUUACUGCACUACUGGCCAGAUGUGGGCCCGGAGCAGCUACCUGGGGGCGGUGUUCAAUCUCACCAGUGCUGACCAUUUGUAUGUCAAUGUAUCUGAACUCUCUCUGGUCAGUUUUGAGGAAUCUAAGACAUUUUUUGGCUUGUAUAAGCUCUAA